CGGAAGCGGAAGUUUUCUGGGAACAGGUAGAGCUUUUCCGGCUGCUGUAGGUGUUGGUAUCCCGGUCUAAGAUGUCAGAAUUCUGCAGAGAACCCGAAGUCCCGAAGUGAAGCUUUUGGCUGUAAAAUGUGAGUGUCCGGCAGCCGUGAUAAGAGGUCCACCACGUCCACGCCUGAACUGUAGGUCAACGCUUGUAAUGAAAUGGAGCCGGGAUCUAGCUCUUUCCGCGUCGAAUUCCCUGACUUUUCCAACACCGUCUUGCAGAAGCUCAACCAACAACGUCAACUCGGGCAGUUAUGCGACAUCUCCAUUGUCGUCCAAGGCCACCUCUUCCGAGCGCACAAAGCCGUCCUGGCGGCCAGUUCUCCGUACUUCUGCGACCAGGUACUUCUGAAAAACAGCAGAAGAAUCGUUCUGCCUGACGUCAUGAAUCCGAGAGUCUUUGAGAACAUUCUCUUGUCGUCUUACACCGGAAGACUAUCUCUCCCACCCCACGAGAUCGUGAGUUACCUAACGGCGGCAAGCUUCCUUCAAAUGUGGCAUGUUGUCGAUAAGUGCACGGAACUUCUUGAAGGUAACCCAACACUGCUAUGCCAGAAGACAAACGCUAGCAAUGACCACCAGUCUCCAAGCAGUAGCAACUACAAUGGCCUCAGUGAGAACUUUGAUCUCGGGGCAAGCGGACAACAUGACUUCCGAAAGGGCGAAGAAAUAAGAGAUGGUGAAAAUGAGGAUGAGAGCCCCAAAGACGACGAACUCUCUUCUCAGCUGACUGAGCAUGAGUACUUGCCAAGCAACUCCUCCACCGAGCACGACCAACUCAGUACGGAGAUGACAAGUCAGGACGGAGAAGAAGGAGCCAGUGAUAGCGCAGAGUACCAUUACACCCGUCCCCUCUAUAUUAAACCAAGCAUUAUGUCUCACAAACGAUGGGUCCAUGUUAAACCGGAACGGUUCGAUCAGGAAUGCGAGGGUGUGGACAUCCACCCUCCUUUUGAAGACCAUAUUUCAGAGUCCAUGAACCCGAGCCAAGUAGAACCUGCCAUCCAGUCUUCAGGAGUUGGAGACAGUUUUGACUUUUGUAAUAAAAAGCCUGGAGAACUGGACGGCCACGGCAGCGGGAAUCGCUACGAUGAUCAAGUUGAUUUUUACGGGGCUUCCAUGGAAGAGUUUUCUGGGGAGAGGGAAGAUCACGAUCGGGAGGGCCAUGGGGCCGAGAACCCACCUGCAGGCUACUCUGAGGGCGUCGAAUUGCCUUCAGGUAUCAAAGAAGAGACCUCUCCUUCUGGUUUUACGGCGGUUGUUUACAAACUCUACCCUUGCCAGUGCGGGAAGAGCUUCACGCACAAGAGCCAGAGAGAUCGGCAUAUGAGCAUGCACCUCGGUCUGCGGCCGUACGGGUGUGGAGUCUGCGGUAAGAAAUUUAAAAUGAAGCACCAUCUCGUAGGACACAUGAAAAUUCACACGGGGAUAAAACCAUACGAGUGCAAUAUCUGCGGGAAGCGCUUUAUGUGGCGAGACAGUUUCCAUCGGCACGUGACAUCUUGUUCCAAAUCCUAUCACGCCUCCAAGGGAGAACAGGCACCGGCUGAAAGCUAAACAUGGCUUCGUAUGUCUUUACUCCGUGAUUACGGACUACACCUGGGGC